AUGACGGCGCUGUACGUGGCCAUCCUGGCGGCGGGGCUGGUGGGCAACGUGAGCACGUGCGCCGUGAUCGCGCGCAGCCGCCACCUGCACACGGCCACCAACUACUACCUGUUCAGCCUGGCCAUCAGCGACCUGCUGCUGCUCGUGUCCGGGCUGCCGCACGAGCUGUACAACAUGUGGGUGCAGCCGUACGCGCUCGGCCAGGCCGUGUGCGUGCUGCAGGGCUUCGCGGCCGAGACGUCGGCCAACGCGUCCGUGCUCACCAUCACCGCCUUCACCGUCGAGCGCUACGUGGCAAUCUGCCACCCGUUCCAGGCGCGCGGUCUCUCCCAGCUGUCCAGGGCCGUCAAGCUGGUCAUCGCCGUCUGGUGCGUCGCCCUCUGCCUCGCCGUGCCGCAGGUAACACCUCUCCUUAUAUCUACAUCUGGCUAA